GUGAGUCCCCUGGAGCUAGUAUGCCAGCAGAGUGCCAGCUGAGGAGAGGCUGGGCAGGCAAUAAAGCGCGAGAUCAUUGCGCUGAGCACAAAUUUGGUUGCCCAGUGCUCACAUUACUCGAAAAAAACGUUCCCCGCUUGUGCGUGCAAAACCAUUGCUCCAAAAGCACUGCAUAUUGGUCAAAGACACCCACUGCAGCAAAGCAAAGCUCAUGACACGGAUGCGUUGCCGCUGGACACUGAUCACUACAGCCUCGGCACUCGCGCCGCGCUGGCAGCCGCGGUCACUGGGACAGACGGACCUAAAAACCCAAGUGCCGCUCGGCAUCGGCACGUGGCAGGCGGGUAACAGGCUGCUCUACGACUACUCGCCGGCGCGCGACGCCGCGCUGCUCGAGGCGUGGAGCUCAGCGGCCAAAAAUGGCGUCUCCUACUUCGAUAGCGGCGACUCCUACGGCACGGGCGAGCUCGAAGGCAACGCGGAGAGCCUGCUCGGGCGGUUUUCAGAGACAACAGCGAACGUGUGCGUCCACACGAAGCUCGCGACGUACCCCUGGCGGCUGAGAGCCGAGGACUUCGUCGCGGCCUGCGAGGAAUCAGGGAGGCGCACCGGCGGCGUCGCGCUCGUCGGCCAGCACUGGUCCGCCGAGUCCUACGGCCUCGGCUUCCUGCAGGACCCGGCCGUAUAUAGGGGCCUCGCGGCGUGCGUGACCCGCGGCCUCGCCCGGGGCGUCGGCCUGUCGAACCUGGGCCCGCGGGGCCUGCGCCGCGGCGUCGACGCCGUCAACGCGGCGGGCGCGCCCGUGGCGACGCACCAGACCCAGUUCUCUCUAUUGUGCCGCGCGCCGCUCGAGGACGGCUCCUUCGACGUCGCGGACGACUGCGGCGUCACGUCCGUGGGCUACUCGCCGCUCUGCCUCGGGCUCCUGAGCGGGAGGUACACGGCGGCCUACGCGGCGGCGCUCGGCCGGCGCGGCGCGGACGCGUCAAGGCUCCCGAACGGCAUCCGCGGCUUUUUGUUUAGAACACAGCUGCCGAAGCUCGCCGACCUCCUCGGCGCGCUCGAGGCCGUCGCGAACGAGAAAGGCGCGACCGUCGGCCAGGUGUCGCUCGCCUGGUGCCUCCGCGCGCGCGGCCGUGACAAGGCGCCGCCGCUCGCGCUCGUCGGCGCGCGCACGCCCGACAUGGUCCGCGACGCGCUCGGCGCGCUACGCCUCGACCUAUCGCCGAGCGACGUCGAAAGCCUCGCGGCGACGGCGGCGCGGUGCCCGCAGGCGCAGGUGAACGCGUUCCAGACGAAGUAGUAAUUUGUUGUUCCUGUC